AUGCUUGAUGACGUCGGAGUCGCUUCGGUGGCACAAAUCGUGGAAAUAAUGUGUAGUCGUACAUGCAAGGCGGCUCAGGGUAGCCAUAUUAAACUCGCAAAAGUGGACGCCACCGUAGAGAAAACUCUUGCCGAGAAAUAUGGCGUUUCUGGCUUUCCAACACUUAAGGUCAUGCGGAACGGAAGGAGAUUCGAAUAUAAAGGUCCACGCGAAGCUUAUGGAAUUGUCAAAUAUAUGACUGAACAAGCAUUGCCAGCGGCGAAAAAACUAGACGGAGUCUUUGAGGUGGAAAGGUUCAUGGUGAAGGAUGAUGUGACGAUUAUUGGGUUCUUUGCUACAGAAUCUUCUUCCGCUUUUGAGGCCUUCUCUGAUGCUGCGGAAAUGCUUCGCGAGGAGUUCAAAUCCAUGGGCUAUGUAUCGGAUCCGAAAGCUUUCAAAAAGUACGAUGCAAAACCGAAUGACAUCAUCAUCUUUUAUCCUUCUCUUUUCCAAAGCAAAUUCGAGCCUAAGAGCAGGACAUUCAACAAGGCAGGCGCUACUCUCGAAGAGCUGUUGUCGUUCUUUCGCGAUCAUUCUGCUCCUCUUGUCGGCAAGCGAACUAGAAGCAAUGUCGCUACCCGAUACUCUAAAUUCCCACUUGUUGUCGUCUAUUACAAUGCAGAUUUUUCGCUGCAGUACCGAGAGGGUAGCGAAUACUGGCGUCAGAAAGUCCUUAAUAUCGCACAAAAGUAUCAAAAAGAUAAGUACAUCUUCGCGGUGUCUGACGAGGAGGAAUUCGCUGAGGAACUCGAAAGCGUCGGUUUAGGCAAGGCUAAAGCUUUCGUCAAAUCUGCUCCCCUACCUCGUGAUGAUAAGGGUCCUUUGCGGACGCUGGUUGGAUCAAACUUUGAUAAGAUUGUUAACGAUGAAAGCAAGGAUGUGCUUAUUGAAUUCUAUGCUCCAUGGUGUGGUCAUUGCAAGGCUUUUGAGCCAAAGUACAAAGAGCUUGCAGCAAAUCUGAAGAAAACGCAACCAAAUCUGAUUAUAGCUAAAAUGGACGCUACCGCUAAUGAUGCUCCUUCUGCAUAUUCAGUUGGAGGAUUCCCUACCAUUUACUUUGCACCCAGCGGAAAGAAAUCAACCCCGAUUAAGUACGAAGGAAAUCGAGACUUGGACCACUUGACGAAAUUCAUGGAAAGCAACGCGGUGAAAUCAUUCCAGAAGAAGGAAGAACUAUAG